AUGGGCAUUUUCGCUUAUGAUUUCGAAACGACCUCCGUAAUCACACCAGAUAGGCUAUUCAAGGCCUAUGCCGUUGAUGGUGACAAUCUCAUGCCAAAGGUUGCACCACUGGCUGUUGAGAGUUCUAAAAUUAUUGAAGGCAAUGGAGGGCCUGGAACUAUCAAGAUGAUUACCUUCAGUAAAGUUUUCCGAUUCAAAUAUGUGAAGCAAAGGAUUGAUGAGAUUGACAAUGCAAACUUCACAUAUGGCUAUAGUUUAAUUGAAACUGAUGCUUUCACUGGCGCACCUGAGAAAAUCACGUACGAGUUCAAGCUAGUGGCAUCCCCUGAAGGAGGAUCAAUUUUGAAGAGCAUUUGCAAGUACCACACCGAAGGUGACCAGGAGAUCAAGGAAGAGAAAAUUAAGAGUAGUAAAGCAAAGGCUGCGAGACUUUUCAAGGCUGUUGAGGCCUACCUCUUGGCGAAUCCUAAUGUCUAUAACUAA